CCAAUACUAUUAUUUUGCAUAAAUAUUUAGAAAAAUGUCUGUUCCACGUCUAUCUGCUCUUCUCUCCUCAAGAAAUAUCCAUCGAUAUAUUUUCCAGACGGAGAAACCACGACUGUUUAGAGUGAACUCUAACAAUUUAUCUACAACAACUUCUUCACAAGAAAAAUAUUUUACCCCUAAGCACGAAUGGGUUGAAGUGCAGGGAAAGAUUGGCACUGUUGGUGUUUCUAAAUAUGCUGCUGAUGCUCUGGGUGAUAUUGUGUACUCUCAGCUGCCUGAACCAGGGGAUAGUGUAGAAGCUGGAGGGGAGAUUGGAGCUCUGGAGAGUGUAAAGGCAGCCAGUGAAAUAUAUUCACCAAUUUCUGGAAAGGUUAUGGAGAAGAAUGAUAAAGUGGAGGAUGGUCCUGCUCUUAUAAAUCAGAGUCCAGAGGAUGAAGGCUGGCUUUGCAGGAUUGAGUUGAAUAAUGCUGCUGAACUUGAAGGAUUAAUGAAGAUCAAGGAAUAUGAAACAUACCUUGGAACCUUAGCUGAUGAUCAUUAACAUGAAACCUAUCCUGGAACCCUAGCUGAUGAUCAUUAACAUUAAACCUAUCCUGGAACCCUAGCUGAUGAUCAUUAACAUGAAACCUACCUUGGAACCCUAGCUGAUGAUCAUUAACAUGAAACCUAUCCUGGAACCCUAGCUGAUAAUCAUUAACAUGAAACCUAUCCUGGAACCCUAGCUGAUGAUUAUUAACAUGAAACCUAUCUCGGAACCUUAGCUGAUAAUCAUUAACAUGAAACCUAUCCUGGAACCCUAGCUGAUGAUUAUUAACAUGAAACCUAUCCUGGAACCUUAGCUGAUGAUCAUUAACAUGAAACUUAUCUUGGAACCCUAGCUGAUGAUCAUUAACAUGAAACCUAUCCUGGAACCAUGAUGAGCAUUAACAUGAAACCUACCCUGGAACCCUAGCUGAUGAUCAUUAACAUAAAACCUAUCCUGGAACCAUGAUAAUUAUUAACAUGAAACCUAUCCUGGAACCAUGAUGAUCAUUAACAUGAAACCUAUCCUGGAACCUUAGCUGAUGAUCAUUAACAUGAAACCUAUCUUGGAACCCUAGCUGAUGAUCAUUAAUAUGAAACCUAUCCUGGAACUAUGAUGAUCAUUAACAUGAAACCUAUCUUGGAACCCUAGCUGAUGAUCAUUAACAUGAAAACUAUCUUGGAUUGGAACCUGAGAGAAUGAUCAGUGUUUUCUAAAAGGGAACUUGAGAUUUAGAAUGUUGAUCAUUUAUAUGAAAGUGAAACCUAUUCCUAAUGAUCAUUAAUAUUAAACCUAUCUGGGACCUUGAGAAUAUGACCAUCAAUUAACUAAUGUUGUAUGUUAUAGAGCUCAAUAAUGUUGUACCAACUUUUCUAUGCAUAGACUGCUUAUUUUCAUGUUAAUUGUUCUAGUUCGGUGUAAAAAUAAAAUUUAGAGUUCAAUUGUA